CUACGAUCACUCAUGGCGCUUGUGGGACUUGGAAGCUCAGGAAGAGAUUCUCCAUCAGGAGGGGCACAGCAAAGGGGUCUAUGACAUUGCCUUUCAUACGGAUGGGUCCCUCGCUGGGACUGGUGGACUGGAUGCUUUCGGCCGGGUGUGGGACUUGCGCACAGGACGCUGUAUCAUGUUUCUAGAAGGCCACCUGAAGGAGAUCUAUGGGGUUAACUUCUCCCCAAAUGGAUACCACGUCGCAACUGGCAGUGGUGACAAUACUUGCAAGGUGUGGGACCUCCGCCAAAGGAAGUGCAUCUACACCAUUCCUGCCCACCAGAACCUGGUGACUGGGGUGAAAUUUGAACCCAAUCACGGGAACUUCCUGCUCACAGGCGCUUACGACAACACGGCAAAGAUCUGGACUCACCCUGGCUGGUCCCCUCUGAAAACGCUGGCUGGCCACGAGGGAAAGGUGAUGGGACUGGAUAUCUCCCUCGACGGGCAGCUGAUAGCGACUUGCUCCUAUGACAGAACCUUCAAGUUGUGGACAGCAGAGUAG